AUGAGAAUGUCUCAUGUGGACUUUAUGGAAGACACAAACACUGUUAUGCGACAUAAGUUUUUGAAGGAGUGGAACGACGAUCGAGACGCUUUGCAGUACCCUCCGGCGGAAGGGCGAUAUUCCGUGUACGAUGGCAAUGGAAUUUUUGAGCAUCUCCAAUUCAUAAUCAAUUCAUACUACUCACUGCAAACGGACUCAUUCGCAUCAUUCAGUUAUGACACUCAAAGGGUGCCCAGGAAUAAAACUGAUGUAGAAGAUCCAUCUCUUACCGCCGGUAUCGAUUUUGCAAGCAUACCGUUCAUUGAGAUAUGUGUGGAUAGAAUAAAUAGCGUCACCAUCAAUAAUAAUACAUACGAGUUUGACAUCACUGAUGUACAUGAAUGUAUGCGUUUAAACCUUACCGCUGAGGAAGUCAAAGAAAUACAAGGUGAAACUGAUGCUGUCGCCCGUGCUAUUGCUAAACGAGGUAAUUUUUCGAGCGAUGUAUCAAAUCAUACAGAGUAUGGUAAAAAUCUCUUCAAACUAGGGUUAAGUUUUGGUUUGAGGUUAGCUUUGUAG